UCCUCCGAAAUCAGCGAUAAACCUCACAAGACCUGGCUGAAGCGGUCAAAGCGCUGGACGGGGAAGAGCUGGGAAGGAAGACCGGUACCGCUCGACGAUCAAUUUAACCAUAAAUGAAAAUGCAGAACUUUAAGUUGUUAACGAUAUUUUCAACGGUACUGUUGGCGUUUUCAGCCGACGCAGCUGUUUACUUUAAAGAGCAAUUCCUCGACGGUGACGCUUGGAAGAGUCGGUGGGUGAACUCUGAGCACAAAUCUGACUACGGAGAGUUUAAACUUACUGCUGGUAACUUCUACGGCGAUGCAGACAAAGACAAAGGUUUGCAAACCAGCCAGGAUGCCAGAUUCUACGCUACCUCUGCACGCUUUGAGCCUUUCAGCAAUGAGGGCAAAAGCCUGGUGAUCCAGUUCACCAUCAAGCACGAACAGAAAAUUGAUUGCGGCGGCGGUUAUGUCAAAGUCUUCCCCGCUGACCUCAACCAGGCUGACAUGCACGGAGACUCGCAAUACUACAUCAUGUUCGGUCCAGAUAUCUGUGGUUACAGCACAAAAAAAGUCCACGUCAUCUUUAACUACAAAGGCAAGAACCACCUCAUCAAGAAAGAUAUCAAGUGUAAAGACGACGAGCUGACCCACCUCUACACACUGAUCCUGAACCCGGAUCAGACCUACGAGGUGAAGAUCGACAACGAGAAGGUGGAGUCCGGCUCCCUGGAGGAGGACUGGGAUAUUUUGCCUCCUAAGAAGAUCAAGGACCCAGAAGCCAAGAAGCCAGAGGACUGGGAUGACCGUGCCAAGAUUGAUGAUGAGACAGACACCAAGCCAGAGGACUGGGACAAACCUGAGAACAUUCCAGAUCCUGAUGCUAAGAAGCCUGAAGACUGGGAUGAGGAUAUGGAUGGCGAGUGGGAGCCUCCCAUGAUCCCAAACCCAGAAUACAAGGGAGAGUGGAAACCGAAGCAGAUCGAUAACCCCAACUACAAAGGAGUCUGGGUGCACCCCGAGAUCGACAACCCCGAGUACAGCCCUGACUCUCUGAUCUACAAGUUUGACAAUGUCGGAGUUAUCGGGCUGGAUCUGUGGCAGGUCAAGUCUGGCACCAUCUUCGACAACUUCCUGAUCACAGAUGACGUGAAAGAAGCUGAGAAGUUCGGAAAAGAAACCUGGGGCAUCACUAAGGAUCCAGAGAAGAAAAUGAAAGAGGAGCAAGAUGAAAAGAAACGCGAAGAGGAAAAGAACAAGGAUCAGGAAACGGUGGCAGAAGAUGAGGAAGGAGACGAUGACGACGGAGACGACGACGGCGACGAUGAACCCGAGACGACAGAGGAGCCUGAAGCAGAGGGAGAAGAGGAGGAUUUUCAGCAUAAAGACGAAUUAUAAAUCUGGAACUGCUUCCUCAGCACACUUCUUGUGGUACCAGGGAAACAGCUGCAGGGCAUCAGGUCACAAUGAUGCCAAUUGAAAUGGGACUUUUUUUCUUUCUUUUUUUUUACAGGGAACAGAAAGCAGAGUAGCAAAGUUAAGAUUAUUGUUUUGUUUUUGGGUGUGUUUUUUAUUUCAUCUAAUUUUUUGGGGAAGAUGAGGUUAGGAAGCAGGUGUAGGAUUUGGGGGUUGAGCUCUUUCAUAAAUCUUUUCCUAUUUGCCUCAUGAAAAAAAAAAUAGAUUGACAACUUUGCCCAAGAGAUCAGAUUCAUUCUGUGGAUUUUUUUAUUUUUAUUUGAAGUUGUAAAUACUUUGAAGUUAUUGGUUCAUAAAAGAGGGAGAUUUCUACCUGGUGAGAAUGUUUCGAGAGAGCGGGAAGGUUUUGAAGAUGAUUAUAUUAUACUUAAAAUCCACAGAAUUCAAAUAGAAACUCUUUUCUACUCUAGUCCUCCUGUGACUAAUUUUUAUUUUAUUUUUUUCCUCUUCGGCACUGAUUUUUUUUUUUUUUUUUUUGUUCCACAACUUUUUCUGUCUCCAACCAUGACACUGAAUGUGAUUCCACUCUUUCCAGCUCUAUUUAUUUAACAGAAAGGUCUUCUGAGUUAUCUGACCCACAACACAAUAUUUUACAUUCUGUGAAAGUAAUGACCAACCUGCCCAGGACAAAAUGGUCUUAUGACUAAGAUCAUCAUUAUAAUGUGAAGCAGAGGUUUCCAACAUUGAAUAAAUAAGACUUUCAUACCAGUAAUCCUGGGUCACUGUUCAGUCAACAGUCGUGUGUCUGUGAUGCCAAUACUUUUAAUAAAAGAAUUUAUUAAUGA